AUGACACCGAAGCUCGACACCGGCGCCGCGGCGCAGAAGAAAAUCGAGCUCUUCUCCGGCACUUACUUCGCCGCCUGCACGCUGGGCGGCGUCAUCGCAUGCGGCCCCACCCACACAGCCGUCACGCCGCUCGACCUCGUCAAAUGCCGCCGCCAAGUCGACCCGAGGAUCUACACGUCCAACGCCUCCGCCUGGCGCAGCAUCUUCGCCAAAGAGGGGCUCCGCGGCGUCUUCUUCGGGUGGGCCCCGACGUUCGUGGGGUACAGCUUCCAGGGCGCGGGCAAGUACGGCUUCUACGAGGCGUUCAAGUACGCGUACGGCGAGCGCUGGUUCCCCGCCGCCAACAAGACGGUCGUGUACCUCGCGGCGAGCGCGAGUGCGGAGUUUUUGGCGGAUGUGGCGUUGUGUCCGUGGGAGGCGGUCAAGGUGCGGAUGCAGACGACGUUGCCGCCGUUUGCGAGCGGGUUGCGGGAGGGGUUGGGGAAGGUGGUGGGGAAGGAGGGCGUGAGCGGGUUGUAUAAGGGGUUGGUGCCGCUUUGGGGGAGGCAGAUUCCGUAUACGAUGGUCAAGUUCGCCUCGUUCGAGAAGGCGGUCGAGCAGAUCUACAAGCAGCUCGGCAAGCCAAAGGAGGCGUACAACAGCUUGCAGCAGACGGGCGUGAGCUUCCUGGGCGGUUACAUUGCGGGCAUCGGCUGCGCCGUCGUCUCGCAUCCUGCAGGUAACGUUUUUCCCAUUUCUCCCGGCCCCCUCCCUAACCCUCCAGCUAUGGCUAACCAUGGGAUUUCUCUCUUCUCCUCAGACGUCAUGGUCUCGAAGCUCAACAGCGACCGCAAGGCCGGCGAGGGCGCCGGCGCGGCUAUGGCGCGCAUCUACGGCAACAUCGGCUUCACCGGCCUCUGGAACGGCCUGCCCGUCCGCAUCGUCAUGAUCGGUACGCUGACUGCGUUCCAAUGGCUCAUCUACGAUAGCUUCAAGGUGUACUUGGGCCUGCCGACGACUGGUGGGCAUUAG